CUGAGACUACAUCCUCAGCUGGACCCAACGGAUAGGGCGAUGGGCUGCUCCUGCAGGCUGCUGCUGUGGCUGGGAGCUGCCGGAACUAUUCUUUGCUCCAACCCGGAGUUCCAGGCACCUUUUCUAACAUCCUCGCCUUUGCUGGUGCUAGUCUCCAAUUCCCAGGGGCAGAAAAUCACCCCCACCUCUAGUAGAGUGGAGCCAGCUUCCCAUCCAAAUCCUCUAGGUGAGCUUCCGAUUCCUCCCUUUCCUUCGCUCACCAUCAACCCUAAGCCUGGACACAAGCCUUCUCCCUUGCACCUAGGCACGCGGGGGCCUUGGGUGUUCAACACCUGUGGCGCCAGCGGCAGGCGGGGGCCCACACAAACACAGUGCGACGGGGCAUACACGGGAAGCAGCGUGAUGGUGACGGUGGGAGCUGCCGGGCCGCUGAAAGGCGUGCAGCUGUGGCGGGCGCCAGACACCGGCCAGUAUCUGAUCUCCGCCUACGGAGCCGCCGGCGGCAAAGGCGCCAGAAACCACCUGUCCCGGGCGCACGGCAUCUUCCUUUCGGCGCUCUUCUUCCUUCGUCGCGGGGAGCCGUUGUACAUCCUUGUGGGGCAACAGGGCGAGGACGCCUGUCCCGGAGGGAGCCCUGAGAGCCAGCUCGUCUGUCUCGGAGAGUCUUGGGCCACUGGAGAGCGUGCGGCAACGGAUGGGACCGAAAGGGUCCCAGGCUGGAGACGCUGGGCCGGCGGGGGCGGGGGUGGCGGGGGUGCCACCUACAUCUUCCGGUUGCGCGCGGGGGAACCGGAGCCGCUGCUGGUGGCGGCGGGAGGCGGCGGGAGGGCCUACUGGAGGCGACAUGACCGUGGUCGGACUCAGGCGGCCCCGGAGAAACUGGAGAACCGCGCGGCGGCGCCUGGGAGCGGCGGGAGAGGGGGCGCAGCAGGCGGAGGAGGCGGCUGGACGUCGCGGGCCCCCUCUCCACAGGCCGGACGCUCACUGCAGGAAGGGGCCGAGGGCGGCGAGGGCUGCGCGGAGGCCUGGGCCACGCUCCGCUGGGCGGCGGCCGGAGGCUUCGGGGGCGGCGGCGGGGCUUGCUCGGCGGGCGGCGGCGGCGGCGGCUACCGGGGUGGCGACACCUCAGAGUCUGACAUCCUCUGGGCUGAUGGGGAAGAUGGCGUAUCCUUUGUACACCCCAGCAGCGAGCUCUACCUGCAGCCUUUGGCAGUCACAGAGGGCCACGGAGAGGUGGAAAUCCGAAAGCACCCAAACUGCAGUCAUUGCACUUCCAAAGACUGCCAAUGGCAGGCAGAGCUCCAGGUGACUGAAUGCAUAUGCCCAGAGGGCAUGGAGCUGGCUGCAGAUAAUGUCACUUGCAUGGAUCUGCCAACCACUGCAAGCCCUCUGAUUCUGAUGGGAGCUCUGGUGGCAGCCUUGACACUGAGUCUCCUGAUGUGUGGAGUCCUCAUUCUAGUGAACCAGAGGAAGUGGCAGAACCUGUGGUGGCUCAGGCUGCCGGGCCCUGAGCUGGAGCUGACCAAGCUCCGCACCUCUGCCAUCAGGACAGCUCCCAACCCCUAUUACUGUCAGGUGGGGCUCAGCCCUGCCCAGCCCUGGCCUCUGCCCCCAGGGCUAACGGAAGUUUCCCCAGGCAAUGUCACUCUUCUCAGAGCCCUUGGCCAUGGUGCCUUUGGGGAGGUGUAUGAGGGACUAGUCAUUGGCCUUCCUGGGGACUCCAGCCCUCUGCAGGUGGCUAUCAAGACACUGCCAGAGCUCUGCUCCAGACAGGACGAGCUAGACUUUCUCAUGGAGGCUCUCAUCAUCAGCAAGUUCAGCCAUCAGAACAUCGUUCGUUGUGUGGGGCUCAGCUUCCAGGCUGCCCCUCGCCUCAUUCUGCUGGAGCUGAUGUCUGGCGGGGAUAUGAAGAGUUUUCUGAGACACAGCAGAGCACACCCGGGCCAGCCAUCACCUCUGGCCAUGCAGGAUCUGUUGCAGCUGGCCCAGGAUAUAGCCCAAGGCUGCCACUACCUGGAAGAAAACCACUUCAUCCACAGAGACAUUGCCGCCCGGAACUGUCUACUGAGCUGCACUGGACCCAGCAGAGUGGCUAAGAUCGGAGACUUUGGGAUGGCAAGAGAUAUCUACCGGGCCAGUUAUUACCGCAAGGGGGGCCGGGCCUUGCUCCCUGUCAAAUGGAUGCCCCCAGAAGCUCUCCUGGAGGGCAUUUUCACAUCCAAGACAGACUCCUGGUCUUUUGGGGUCCUGCUCUGGGAGAUCUUCUCACUGGGUUAUAUGCCCUACCCUGGGCACACCAACCAGGAGGUCCUAGACUUCAUUGUCACAGGGAACCGGAUGGACCCUCCUAGGAACUGCCCUGGGCCAGUGUACAGAAUCAUGACACAGUGCUGGCAGCACCAACCUGAGCUCCGCCCUGACUUCGCCAGCAUCUUGGAGCGCCUUCAAUACUGCACUCAGGACCCUGAUGUGCUGAAUUCACCCCUGCCGGUGGAACCAGGGCCCAUUCUAGAGGAGGAAGGGGCCUCUGGCCUGGGGAACAGGUCGUUGGAGGGUCUUAGAUCCCCACAGGCCCUGCAGCUGAGUUCAGAGAACUUGAAAAGCUGGGGAGGAGGACUCCUUGGCUCAUGGCUGCCCUCUGGCCUCAAGGCCCUCAAAUCCAGAUGCCUCCAACCUCAGAACCUUUGGAACCCCACCUAUGGCUCUUGGACCCCAAGGGGGCCCAAGGGUGAAGAUUUAGGUGUUGACUUCAGCAAUGGCUCCUCCUUGCAUUCUUUUCCAGGCACCUAGAUGACUUGUUAGUCCAUUAGCCUCUGCCCCCUACAGUUUGCGCUGUGUGUUCAGGCAUGUUUCCGGGCUGUCCCGGGGCCUGACCUUUCCACACUGGAAACCAGUCCAAACCCUCUUAGGGAAGGGCCUGGCCACUCUCAGUCUUUGGAACCAGAGGCCACCCACCCGCCCACUGCAGAACUCAGUUGGGGAUCCUAGACUGUGCUCUCCCCAUAAGUAUCUUUCAUCUGGCCCA